UUAGAGACUCUUGUGAUGUAAAACUUGUAUAGAAUCAGAAUUGCUAGAGCCACUUGGAGUCUUUUUGUGGCAUAUACUUAAGGAUGGCACAAUAAGACACUUGGAACACAUAUGUGUACAGAAUCUGCACGAGAGCACCUGUUCUGCUUUGUCUGCAGACAAAGGCUGUGGGAGUGUCCAGUCCAGCAAGAUUGGGCAAGCUACGUCAUAGUACCUUUUUAGCUCCGAGAUCCUAAACCAUCUGACUGUUGAAAGGUUUAUCUUUGAAGACUUAGCUCAACUAUAUUCUCCAAAAAACCUAAAUAACUUUUCUUCUUUUCAUACCUUACAUAGCAUUUUAUGCUUAACAUGUUCAGCACUAUAUUUAUUACACAGCAUUGUAUAUUAGUGUUUCUGCUCCCUGAAGUAUUAUGAAUGAAAUCAGAGGUGAUGUCUUAUUUCCAGUAAAAUGUUAGUCCAUGAGUAUAGGAAUUGUUUUCAUUUUUCUUUGUAUCCUCAAUCCCAAAGUGUUUGGGAAAUUUCUUACAACUUAUCCUUGUUGAAUUGAAUCUUUGUAUCUUCUGUAAACCCUAAAAACUACCACAUUUAGCAGGUUCUUAAUAUAGAAGCAACCUUCUUGUGUUAAUUUAGGCUACCUCUAUGAAAAAGGAAUGUUUUCCAUUAGAAUCCAAAACACUUAUACAUAAAAAUAAUCUUCCUAGGAAAUUCUAUCUAGAUCAAAAAAUUAAAACCUCCUUUAUAAAUUAUUCUGAUACCACUGAGUUUCCACUGAGUUUGACCAGUGUGAGCCAAUUUUCCCAGGGUCUUACUAAAAAUUAGUGUAAAGGUUCUAGAGUAGCAGAGCUUGAAUUCCAAACCCUUAAGUCCAGAAAGACUUCAAAGUCCAAAAAGUUUUGAAGAUUCAUCUUCACUCCUCCCCCAAUCUAGGAAAAAACAAAGUUUUUAUCAAAACAUUGAUACUGCUCAUGCGAAUCCUUUUCUUUCUCACCUAAUCUAUGAAAUAGUCAAGGAGUGGAGGUGGGGGAGUGGGAGUGAGAUACACUGACGGGCGUUCUUCCACGUUGUUUCUUUUGCCUGGCCUUACUUCUUUUGAGCCGACACCUCAAAGGGUCACUUCAGGACUGAAAAACACCUCCAGAAAACAGCUCUUUCUUCACUUCUAGAUCAGGGCUACAUCCUGACUCCUCCUCAUCUCACUGCCUUCCUCCAACUGGCUUGUCUGUAACUGACUGACUUUGAGCCAACAGGGCUGGGAGCCUUUCCAAAUCUUAUCGUCCCCCUUUCCCAGUCACUCCAUAAAUGUUAAAUAACAAGAAGAAAAAACGAAAGGAGUGAAGAGGAAGAGAGAAAAAGAGGAAAUCCUUUAGACACCACACAGCUGAUUGACCCAGCCCAGAAGUACCUUCUCACCUUCCUCGGCCUCCAGGGAUUCCGCCCCCAGGUGUAAGACCCGGCAAAGGGCUUAAUAAAAUGAAUAAGAUCUCACUUUUGGGGGUAGUUAUUGUUGUCUGCUCAACAGGAGAGCGAGUGGAAGGAAGCCUACCCUUCUCACGGGCUGAGACUCAGGACCCAGACCCGGUGAGGAGCAAACAUGUUGGGAUGAGAGUCGGCGCCGAAUACCAAGCUCGGAUCCCUGAAUUUGAUCCUGGUGCUACGAAGUACACAGAUAAAGACAAUGGAGGAAUGCUUGUUUGGUCUCCAUAUCAUAGCAUUCCAGAUGCCAAAUUGGAUGAAUAUAUUGCAAUUGCAAAAGAGAAACAUGGCUACAAUGUUGAACAGGCACUUGGCAUGUUAUUCUGGCAUAAACAUAACAUUGAGAAGUCCCUUGCUGAUCUGCCUAAUUUCACUCCCUUCCCUGAUGAGUGGACCGUGGAAGAUAAAGUCCUCUUUGAACAAGCCUUUAGUUUUCAUGGGAAGAGCUUCCACAGGAUUCAGCAAAUGCUUCCAGAUAAGACUAUUGCGAGCCUUGUAAAAUAUUACUAUUCCUGGAAAAAAACGCGGUCUCGAACAAGUUUGAUGGAUCGCCAGGCUCGAAAAUUGGCCAACAGACAUAAUCAGGGUGACAGUGAUGAUGAUGUGGAAGAAGCACACCCGAUGGAUGGGAAUGAUAGUGAUUAUGAUCCUAAAAAAGAAGCCAGAAAAGAGGGUAAUGUUGAACAGCCUGUCCAAACUAGCAAGAUUGGACUGGGCAGGAGAGAGUAUCAGAGUUUACAACACCGACAUCAUUCUCAGCGUUCUAAGUGCCGUCCACCCAAGGGCAUGUAUUUGACUCAGGAAGAUGUGGUCGCAGUUUCUUGUAGUCCCAAUGCAGCCAACACCAUUCUCAGACAACUAGAUAUGGAGUUAAUCUCCCUAAAACGUCAGGUUCAGAAUGCUAAGCAAGUAAACAGUGCACUUAAACAGAAAAUGGAAGGGGGAAUUGAAGAAUUCAAGCCUCCUGAGUCAAAUCAGAAAAUUAAUGCCCGUUGGACCACAGAGGAGCAGCUUCUAGCAGUGCAAGGUGUCCGCAAAUAUGGUAAAGAUUUUCAAGCUAUUGCAGAUGUAAUUGGCAACAAGACUGUUGGCCAAGUGAAGAACUUCUUUGUAAACUACAGGCGUCGGUUUAACUUAGAGGAGGUAUUGCAGGAGUGGGAAGCAGAACAAGGAACCCAGGCUUCUAAUGGUGAUGCUUCUACCUUAGGGGAGGAGACAAAAAGUGCUUCUAAUGGGCCCUCAGGAAAGAGCACUGAUGAAGAAGAGGAGGCACAGACCAUUCAGGCUACCCAGUCUCUGGGCCCAUCACCUCCUGCGCCGGCUUCCACUCCAACUCCAGCUGCCCCCAUUGCCAGUCUGAACCAGCCUCCACCACUGCUUCGUCCAACACUUCCUGCUGCCCCAGCUCUCCAUCGGCAGCCUCCACCACUCCAGCAGCAGGCCCGGUUCAUUCAACCUCGGCCAACUCUCAAUCAGCCUCCCCCACCUCUCAUUCGCCCUGCUAAUUCCAUGCCUCCUCGUCUAAACCCAAGACCAGUGUUGUCGACAGUUGGUGGCCAACAACCACCAUCACUGAUUGGAAUUCAGACAGACUCACAAUCUUCAAUGCAUUAAGGAAAUGAAGCUGGACAGAGCUGCAGUAACUUCUAAUCCCACCAGUAUGCCAAUGUUCAUCUGGCUGUUGAAAAAGAAAGGAAGGGGCAAACCUUUCUAUAUAUUGAAGCAGAAAGUUUCAAAGUGAGGCUGCAAGUUAAUAUUGCAACGGAACAACAUAAGUGAACAUCUACAAAAUUUUUCAGUGCGCCAGACUAAAACAUUACACAACAUGAAGCCUCCAAUUAGCCCUUUUUUCUAUGAAUAUUUGUUCAAGAAAGUUUCCCACGAAAGGAAAAGAAAAAAGAUUGUGUUCUGUGCUCCAAGGUUGUUUGAUUUUUACUGUAUUUAUUUUACUGAAGUUCUUUAUAUUCCAACCUCUUUAUAUUCAAAGUUCAUAGUACAAGAAUAUGUCUGUUUAGGUAUUGUGAAAACUCCAUAGACUUUGAAAUUAAUGUGGAGUUUGGCUUUUUUUGUUUGCUUUCUCAAUUUAAUUUUUAAAAAAAAUAUUUUCCUAUGUUAGGAGUGAAAGAAUAAAUAGCCUGCAUUUCGGUUUUUGGCAAAUGUUCUAUGAAAAAUAGUACAAUUCAAUGCACCUUUAAGAAAAUGCAGCAACUUGACCUUUUUUUUUCCUCCAAAAGACAUUGCAUUCUUUCUAAUGGAAAUUUAGGAUAUAUAUGUGUGUGUGUCCAUAUGUAUAUAUCUAUGCAUUCCUUUGAAAGAAAGCAAUUUAAUCAAUUGCAAAGCAAUUACAUGAAGCCACAAAGAAUGUACUGAAUUUAUCCCUCUUAAGUGAUGUUGGGUCUUAAUAGAAAUUUGAAUUACUCAUUUAAAGGUUAUUGACCCAUCUUCCACUGUAAGAGAGCUUACUACCAGUAUUGGAGUAAUUCCUUUUACUUUUCAUUUAAAAAUGAGGAUAUAAUUUGUUAAAGUAUAGUGUCUUUGUUUAAUUCCUUUCAAAAUUGAAAUUAUUUUAAGAACUUUUUUUUUCUAGAUUGUUAAAUGCUACAUGCUUCAAUAGCUGCAUGUAACAACUACUUAUUUGGAAACUAUAGAAGAAAGUAUUAUUUUAUCAAUUAUGUGAAGAUGGUGGCUAUGAAAAGUUAGCUUUUUGGAAUUUGUGUUUUCUGAACUAAAAAUUGCCCCCCUCUCAUUUCAUAUGUUUUAUCUUUAAUGUUUUAUUGAUGAGUCUCCAAUGUGCUAUUUGGAUGCAUUUGUGAGUGUUCUUGCAACUCAUGAGUUUUGUCUAGAACUUAAUCAUCAAAAUUAUUUGUUUAAAAAUUAAGAAUUUGAUAUAUGCUAUCUAAAGAUGUAUCGAGUAUAUGUUCAUCAGUUGUGCUGUUAACUGAAAUAGAAGUGCUGAGAGCCCUUUUGUUAAGGCACCAUUAUCUGUAACCUUUUCCAUAUACUAUGUAAUUAUGAAGUUCCUGCUAAGUGCUCUGUGGCACCAUUUGAUGAGAGAUAGUAUUUCAGCAAUCACAGUUUUGAUAUAGAAAUUUUUAAUUCAUUAUUGGAAUCAUGACAUGAAAAGGGAUGGGCUUCUUGGAUGCUAUUGUAGUAGAAUUUAAGGUCAAAUUUCUAAUUUUUAGCCUUAAGUGCAUUCUCAUAGCAUAAUUUCUUCGGCUGAUUAAGAAACAGUUCCUAAUAACCCUUAUGUUAUAGGGAGCUGAUUUUUCCUGACGUAUUGGCAUAUUAUCCCCAUUGAGCUCUUCAGUGCUUUGAAGCCAGUCUAAAUUUUCCUGAUUGGUUUUGAUGCUAAAAUGGUAGCAGUUUUCCCAAAUACUAGAACUUUUUCAAGUAGUACCAGUUUUUGACUAUUGGAAUAACUAAAUAUAACUCCUGACCUUCUAAUAGGACCAGAUGAAAUCUAAAUUCUUAGUUUUCAAAAAUCCACUUAGAGCAUUUUGAACUUAAAAUUACUAUUGGAGACAGUUACUACAAUGUCUUAGGGAAGGUAUCUAAAGUAUUUUUUUAAGUAUUUAGAUUGAAUCUCACAAAUGUAUACACUAUACCUUUGCAACCUUUUUUUUGUCUUGUCUCUUGUCAAUAGAACUUCAGUAUACAGUAUGUGGGGUAUGUCAGUAAAGUUGGUUGACACCAGCAUUUAUCAAGCUUUUUAGUAUUUUGUAAUUCAGUUAAAAUCUGUUCUCUCCCAGACUUGGGCCAAGGUGCUGUAUCUGAGGGAUGUGCUAUAAUUUGAUUUACAUACAUUAGAGCACAUAGUAGGGAAAUCUUAGCUUCAGUAGUAACAUGACAAAUGUAUAUAGUGAAAUGUCUUUUUAUUGUGUGCUUUGCAUAUUAUGUAAAUACUUUGCACGUCUUCCCCCACUCCCAU